AUGGACCAGGGCAUAGACAUAGACAUAGACUAUGAGGGGGACGGUUUGCUGCUGAGCAAUGCUCCGAAAUGUCGGCACCGGCGCAUGCUGACGCCAGCCUUCCACUUCGACAUCCUGAAGCCCUACAUGAAGAUCUUCAACCAGAGCACUGACAUCAUGCAUGCCAAGUGGCGCCGGCUGGUGGCGUCAGGAUCCACCUCCCUGGACAUGUCUGGUCAGAUCAGCCUCAUGACCCUGGACAGUUUGCAGAAAUGCGUCUUCGGCUGCAACGGCAACUGCCAGGAGACACCCAGUGACUACAUCGCAGCCAUCCUGGAACUCAGCUCCCUGGUGGUGGGACGCCAGCACCGCCUGCUCCUGCACUGCGACUUCCUGUACCGCCUGUCACCCGACGGGCGGCGCUUCCGGCGCGCCUGCGACACCGUGCACCGCUUCACGGCCGACGUGGUGCAGCGGCGCCACCAGGCCCUGAGCCACCGGGGCAGGGAGGCCUGGCUCAAAUCCAAGCAGGGCAGGACGGUGGACUUCAUUGACAUCCUGCUCCUGGCCAAGGAUGAGGACGGCCAGGACCUGUCAGACGAGGACAUCGCAGCUGAGGCCGACACCUUCAUGUUUGAGGGCCACGACACCACAGCCAGCGGCCUCUCCUGGGUGCUGUAUAACCUGGCCUGUCACCCCGAGUACCAGGAGCGCUGCCGGGAGGAGAUCAAGGACUUACUGCGGGACAAGGAGUCGGAGGAGGUUGAAUGGGAGGACCUGUCCCAGGUGCCCUUCUCCACCAUGUGCAUCAAGGAGAGUCUGCGUCUGCACCCGCCCGUCACGGCCGUGUCCCGGCGCUGCACCGAGGACAUCAAACUGCCCGACGGACGUGUCCUACCCAAAGGGAACGUCUGUCUGAUCAGUAUCUAUGGGACGCAUCACAAUCCUGCUGUCAGGCCGGAGCCCCAGGUCUAUAACCCACACCGCUUCGACCCAGAGAACUCCAAGAACCAGCCCCCACUGGCCUUCAUGCCCUUCUCUGCUGGACCCAGGAACUGCAUCGGGCAGAACUUCGCCGUGGCAGAGAUGAAGGUGGUGCUGGUGCUGACCCUGCCCUUCGCCCUGCGGCUGGACCAGAGCAGGCCCGUGCGGCGCAAGCCCGAGCUGAUCCUGCGCAGCCAGAACGGGCUGUGGCUGCACCUGGAGCCGCUGGGGCCCAGCCGUGAGGGCCGGCCCCCCGCACCGCGCUCCUAGGGCCGUGCGCUCCCGCCCGCUGCGGGGAUCCAGCCUGCUCCGCACAGCUCAGGGGCCUGCCGAGUGGAGGACCAGGUGGGGAUCAUGGUGGGG